GGGAGAACGGCUGUGACCUCGCCACGGUCGGCGGCGGCGGUUGUGCGCGUGUUUGCCACCAGGCGGCGCGCCGGUCGCCGUACCCCGGCCCGACACCGCCGCCGUCGCACCGUGCCGGGCGAAAACGCGUUUUUAAAAAACUCAAUUCCGAUCAUUCCUGACAUUCCGAUCCGCGCUGUCGAAACCGCAGCACGCACACUCUCUCAGCCGCUCGCACACACGCGCACACCGACGCACGCACACACCGACUUGAGCGGAUAUUAUACACGCAGCGUAGAGCGCGAGCGCGCGCGCGCGCGCACGUAUAUGCCGCAGUGACGUUCCCCGGCCCCGCGGGACACCACAACCGAAUCCGUUUGAGAACAGGUAAGUCCUCUGGUCGGGAUCUCUCGUGUUCGUCUCGCGUAUAAUAAAAAACCGCAAUAAUUCUAUCGUCACUGCUACGACUACCUGUACACGACAGUAGUCGUUUGUCACCGACUGCAGUUUUAUUUUCCCGCGAUUGUCGUAUACAUCGUUCUUCCUCGUAUUAUACUCUGUGGAUCGCGGUGUACGCAAAACGUAACCGUACGAUCGACUUGGCUUCGUAUCACGACCAGUGCCGUCUCCGCGUUCAUCCCGGUCGUGUCCGUCUGCAGCCGUAACCAACCACUAUCGCGGAGACUACGACUCGCGGAAAUGGAAAGCGAAUCGCCGUUAGAAGUGCUGUCCAGAGCGGCCACGAUGUUGCACAGAGAAGAGACUGCGGCAGCGGCCGCUGCGGCCGUGGUAGAAUCGUCUUACGCCACCAAUCAUUCGAGGGCGCUGUCGCUGAGAUGUUCGGCAAUGGAAGGAACCGUCGGCACUGUCGGAAAAUGGAAGCGAGAGAGAAGACACAGGGCCGUCUGCACGUCACCCGUAUCGUCAACACCACCGCCUUUCAGAAACUCUCAAGAACCGUUGGACAUGACGACGACGGCCGGUUCUAGGGCGACGCCCAAAGAACGGGCUUCGGUGAUCAUGGCGUCGCCGGCCACCGGACACAGGACACUGUCGGCGGCGACGGCGACAGGCGGAAUUAGCGACCCAGUCAUCGACGAACAUUUCAGGCGAUCUCUGGGCAAAGAUUACAUGAACGUGUUCGCGCCGGCCGUCGCGCAACGACAACAGCAACAGGCUCCGGCCACAGCCGCCGCCGCACCGUCAAUAGACGGUGACGAUGACGACGACGCGGGCCUAUCAGCGGUUGACGAUCAUUUCGCCAAAGCUCUGGGCGACACGUGGGUAAAGCUGCAAAAAGAAGAAUACCAAAAGAAGAGAAAAGAAACGGCGACCGCCGCCGCUGAUGGCAGGCAAAAAGUGAACGUAUACGCGGCGUGAGGGAGGAAAAAAAUCGACCGGAAAAACAAAACAAGAAAUGAGAUAAUUUUAGGGGAUUUGUGUUAUAUUUAUAUUGUAAGUGCAGCAGGAACGGCCGGAGUGCGCCCGGCUUCGGGGCGGUGGGCUUAACUGCGUAGACUAUUAUUUUAUGUAUAUGAUUAUUCUUUGUACACUUUAAACUUUGUAAAUAAUAAAAAAAAAGAUGAAAACUUCUUUAUUAAAAGUAUCAAA